AUGAGGACGCCUACGAGAUCUCUCAGCUUCCUCUUCCUCCUCGCUACCUCUGCCCAAGGUGCACCGACAAAAGAAGUUCAUGCAGACAUUGAGGAAGAAUGCAGCAGGGUCCAAGUAGCGAUCCUCGGCGCUGGCCUCGCUGGAAUCACUGCCGCCAAGGUAUUAGAUGAUGCAGGCAUCAAGAACUUCACAAUUGUUGAGUACAACGACCGAAUCGGCGGGCAAGAAAACCCAAUCCUGACUUUGGUCAAAAAGUACAACCUGACCAAUACACCCUCCGACUUCUCCAAUCUAACUGUCUUUGAUGAGACCGGUCAAGUGCACCCUGGCAGGUUAUCAGAAAGGUUCAAAGAGAUUCAAUCGCUGUACGAUAACGCCACUGAAGAGUAUCAGUACGACGCCGGUGAAAUAAUUCUUCAGAAUCAGCAAGACCGCAGUGCCCGUGCCGGCCUCGCUAUCGCCAACUGGAAGCCGGGCAGCGAACCGCUAGCCCAAGCGAUCGAGUGGUCUUCGAUUGAUUUCGAAUAUGCCAACCCUCCGGAGAAGACGUCUCAGCAGUACUCGGUCGUCAACACCAACACAUCCUUCCAACGUUGGGCGGAUGAAAACAACCUUGUACACGAUGCCCGAGGAUUUGCCACCUUCUUCAAGGAGGAAGCCAAAUUGUUCCUGGACGAGAAAUCCGUCACGGUGUACAACGAAGACGGCAGCUGCAUCACUGCCGAUCACGCCAUCUGCACGUUCUCGCUAGGCGUCUUGCAGAAGGAGGUAGUCAGUUUCUCGCCAGAGUUGCCACGUUGGAAACGCACUGCCAUCCAGUCUAUGACCAUGGGAACUUACAAGAAAAUAUUCAUGCAGUUCAAGCCAGAAGAUGUAUUCUGGGACAAGAGCACUCAAUUCUUCUUGUACGCCGAUCCAGUCCAGCGGGGUUACUAUCCUUAUUUUCAGUCCCUGGACCACAAAGACUUUGUGGACGGCUCGGGCAUCCUCUUUGUCACCGUGGUCGACCAGCAAUCCUACGUUGUGGAGGCUCAAGACUUUGAUACAACCAAGAGCCAGAUCAUGGAAGUUCUGAGGGAUAUGUUCCAGCGGGAGAUUCCUGAUCCCAUUGACUUUUACCAUCACGACUGGACUCGCGAGCCUUGGGCGUACGGAUCAUACUCGAAUUGGCCGCCGGGUAUGACAUUGGAGAUGCAUCAAAACAUCCGUGCCAAUCUCGGGAAUCUGUGGUUCGCCGGCGAGGCCACUCAUCCACAAUACUUUGGGUUCUUGCAAGGCGCGUAUUACGAGGGGAUGAGCGCGGGCGAGGCUGUUGUAGGCUGCAUUAAGAACAAGGAGGAUUGUGUCAGGGGGGUUUCGUACGAGGUGCUGAAUGGAACGACUACUACUGACAAGUAUUCAAAGAUCAAUGGGUGGAGUACCAAAACAUUCGUUAAAGAGCUUGGUAUAAACAUUAAGAGUUGA